ACAACCAGGCACAGGCAGCCAGUCACACCGCAUGCCCUUAUCUACCAAUGGAAUGGAAUGCAACAGCUGUGGCAGGGGUCCGCCAGGGGUGGGCCGGCUCAAACCCCCCUGCCGGGGCCCCCACUCCCCCUCUCCACAGGGCUUCUACUCCUGAAAGGCAGCUCAACUAAAAAGUGUGCUCUGAGACAGAGUGGGCGCCUCGACAGGGCUGCACUGCAAAAACACAGAGGGGGGGAAGAGGGUUGAGAGAGAACGAAGGGGAGCGACAGAGUCAGGGACGGCGCUAGAAAAGGAGAGCACAAAGAGGAGGAAAGUGAAGCGAGGGAGGGGAUUUGAAAGCUCGGGUGAAGGGGAAGAGAGGGAGAGGGAAAGACAAAAGAAAGCGAGGGAGACGUAGUAGGAGCAGGGGGAAGCGAGGGGACGGCGCAAAUGGCUAUGGAGGACACGGCGGGGGGAGCGCGCAAAGCCACCAAGAGCAAACUGUUUGAGUUCCUGGUCCAUGGAGUGCGUCCUGGAAUGCCAUCUGGAGCUAGGAUGCCCCACCAGGGUGCCCCCAUGGGCCCCCCCGGCCCCCCGUACAGUGGGAGCCCUACGGUGCGGCCCGGCCUGCCCACCCCGGUCAUGGAGCCCAGCCGCAAGAGACCUGCCCCCUCCCAGCAGAACCAGCAGCAGCAGAACGUACAGAACCGGGCCAGAAAGAAGCCAGUGGGAUUCCCUGGAGCCAAUGAGAUGCCAGCGAGGCAGAUGGACAUGAGAGAUGCCCAAUCAGAUCCAACGCUCGGAUCAAACGCCAAGAGAAGGAAAAUGGCAGACAAGAUUCUCCCACAGAGGAUCCGUGAGCUGGUCCCCGAGUCACAGGCUUACAUGGACCUGCUGGCCUUCGAACGUAAACUGGACCAGACCAUCAUGCGUAAACGGGUGGACAUCCAGGAAGCCCUGAAGAGACCCAUGAAGCAAAAGCGUAAACUGAGGCUGUACAUCUCCAACACCUUCAACCCUGCCAAGCCCGACGCUGACGACUCGGAUGGCAGUAUUGCAUCAUGGGAGCUGCGGGUUGAGGGGAAGCUACUGGAUGAUCCUGGGAAGCUGAAGAGGAAAUUCUCCUCUUUCUUCAAGAGCCUGGUGAUUGAGCUGGACAAAGACCUAUACGGUCCUGACAACCACCUUGUAGAGCUGCUGACCAGUAAAGCGAAGCGAUUCAGCCUUCCAAAAGACAACAUACUCAAAGGGUCGAGAGCAAGGCUGCUCGUUGAAAGUUGGCACCGCACUCCCACCACCCAGGAGACGGACGGCUUCCAGGUGAAGCGGCCAGGGGACGUGAGCGUGCGCUGCACACUGCUGCUAAUGCUGGACUACCAGCCCCCACAGUUUAAACUGGACCCUCGUCUGGCUCGGCUGCUGGGUAUCCACACCCAGACCCGCUCCUGUAUCAUCCAGGCCCUGUGGCAGUAUGUCAAGACCAACAAGCUGCAGGACUCCCAUGACAAGGAGUACAUCAACUGUGACAAGUACUUUCAGCAGAUCUUUGACUGCCCGAGGCUCAAGUUCUCGGAGAUACCCCAGCGUCUCACCAACCUCCUCCUGCCCCCUGACCCCAUCGUCAUCAACCACGUCAUCAGUGUGGACCCUAAUGACCAGAAGAAGACGGCAUGCUAUGACAUUGACGUGGAGGUGGAGGACCCUCUGAAGAGCCAGAUGAGCAGCUUCCUGCUCUCCACCGCCAACCAGCAGGAGAUCGCCUCAUUGGACAACAAGGUGGGACAACCACACAGGAAGGAUAGCCAAUCACAAUUACCCAAGAUGACCUUAAAGAUCCAUGAGACCAUUGAGUCCAUCAACCAGUUGAAGAUCCAGAGGGACUUUAUGCUCAGCUUCUCCAGGGAUCCUAAAGGCUACAUCCAGGACUGGCUCAAGUCCCAGAGCAGAGACCUGAAGAUGAUGACAGACGUGGUGGGGAACCCAGAGGAGGAGAGGAGGGCGGCGUUUUACCACGAGCCCUGGUCCCAGGAGGCCGUCAGUCGCUACUUCUACUGCAAGAUCCAGCAGAGGAGACAGGAGCUGGAGCAGGCCUUGGCCGUGAGGAACACCUAAACGCCAUCUCGGACGUCACGCUGCACUCUUCAUCUGACCCCAGACCUGUGUUUUUAUUUUAUUUUUAUGCUUUCUUCACAUUACUGUAGUACUGUGACCCGUGGCCUCUGACCCAUCCCCAAUCGCAUGUAUCUAAAAAAAAAAAAACUUUAACAAUCUGUUCAUCUCUGAUGGACAUGACCGGGCAUCUCUCUCCACACUCCUGGAAUCCCAGGCCCACAGUUGGUUACUUUUAAUGUCACCCACUAGCAUGUCAGUCUUUCCAUAGAGACUACAAGUCAUUGUACCAGCUGCCUGCAGAAUGAUCAGUGUCUUGGAUCCUUCUCAUCUCAACCAGAUGGACUGAAUCCAAAAGUACUGUACAUAAUCAAACGGUCAUAAUGGUCCACUGCAUCUCAUUCAUGAGUCCAAAGUGGCUGUUUGUAACCUAAUGUUUCAAGUGUCUUGACUCACACACCGUUUGGAUUGUGUCCAUUUGUUUUUAGUGUAUCAUUAUCUGUAUGGUUCAUGUGAGCCGUGUGUGUGUGUGUGUGUGUGUGUGUGUGUGUGUGUGUGUGUGUGUGUGUGUGUGUGUGUGUGUGUGUGGAACCAAAUGAACACCAGCGGAAUGAAGAUUACAGUAUGAAGUAAUGGGUCGUGGGACUGGGCUCAUUUCUCUUCUGAAGCCCAAAUGUUGAUGUCUGUCAUUUUAAAACAUGAAUUUGUUCAAGGUAGGCAGCUUUCAUGAAUUAGAUUUGCCCUCAUUAUAAACUAAUCUAAAAUGCAAUCUUAAGAUUAGCUUAAUUUCGUUCAACUUUCUUCUGUAAUUUACUUAAAACAAUGUAACAGUAUAAGUAGAUCUCUGUAUUAGUCAAUAUGUAUUUCAGCAGAUUGUUAAAAGGGACAAUGACAAUUAACACCAAUAUCUGCUGGCUGUAGAAAGGAUAGAUGGUGACAGGAUGAGUAAGCGCAAGGUGAAGUACUGUGGUAACACUUGGCAGCCAUAGCGUGGAGCCUUGGAGUCAGUACACCCUGUAUGCUUUUACACAGACUAGCUCUCUGUAAGAAAGCACCCAGACGGACUUGUCGCAGCAAAUUGCCAUGCAAAUGGAUUAGCUUUAGUGGUUAAUUGUUUGUGCUGCUUCAUUGUCCUGUCAUAAUAACGCUACAAAAGUCAUGUCUGGGAACAGUAUUAGCUACAGAUCUCUCCCAAUACUCAAGCCAGUGUUUUUAAUAUUAACAAUGGACACAUUUUGGAAUAUGAUGUAACCAACACCAUUUCCUAUGUUGAACAAUCAUGGGGCGGGCAGUGAAGCUUCAGCCACAACAUCUGUACAUUGCCUGCUGUGAAAAUUGUUGGCCGGUAACUAAUUCUAUUAUUUGAAAUGAAUGAAGAAAUGGGUCUUUGUUCAUUGUAUUUUUUUUAGUUAACAUCUAUUGUGAACUACCUGUCCCAAAUGGAUCUGUCUGACAGUAUUUUGUCCUUGACCAUUUUGACGGAGUCACCAAAGGUCUCGAUAAAAGAGUAUUAUACUAGUUAAAAUAGACAAUGAACAAUGGUUACUGUGAUUUUGUCUCAGCUCGAUAAAGCUAUGUUACCAGUUGAAACUGAAGGUUGAAUAUGAAGACAUUUUUAAGGGAUAUGUGAAUGUAAAUAUCAUUUUUUUCCCCUUGAUGGCAACUGUACAGCCUACAGUCUGUUUGUGUGUUUCGUUUAGGGAACGGCGGGACAUAUGGGGUGGGAAGGAUUGGGUUUCAUAUGUUUAAAGCUGUAGGACAGGGAUGCUAGUGUCCCUCUAUGUACACUUGGGGGGGGGGAUUUUAGGUCCUUGUUGAGUUUUAAUGGGGCAGAACCAUAGAAUUGAAUGCUGGGAGUGAUGAUGCCUCUAUCUCGCUACAUACAAGGCUUGCUCAUCUCUAACUACCACAGCAACUCCGUUCUGUGCCCUUCUAGUUUUGUGUGUCAUGGGAGAAACCUUUUCAGUUUCUGAUUUGAAAUCGACACGGCUGUCUUCUGUAACGUUCAGACUUGUGUCCUUGUUACAUUUGUUUUGUGUCAAGAUUCUCUUCAACAUGGCUGAGGGCUCCUAUACUCAACAUAAAGAGGUUGCAUUUCAUAAAGACCUAGGCAUGCUGCAUGGACAGGUUUUAUACAUUUCAAACAGGACAUGUAAAUACCCUCAUGAAUGCAUGGAAGCGGAUCUGAAGAGCACUGGAUUUGAGACAAUAUCUUUUGUGAAUGGGGCCUUUUUCAACCAUUUGCUAAAAACCUGUAUGCUACCCAGGCAGCAUAGAUGUUAUCUGCAUAUGAGAGUUUUUGUCACUACAGGUUCCAUGUAUGUCAACUUCACCAAUCAAGGGAGCAUACUAGUUGUUGUAUUCAAUUGUGUCAAUCGAUACUUGUUUGACCCAGAUGUUCUUGUAUGUUUGGCAGUCAUGGAGCAUCUUUGACUGUUGGGCACCCCUUGCUGGGCAUUCUAGAAACUACAACUCACUGACACCCUCUGUCUGACAAUGGAAACCUAUCAUUUGACUAAUUAUAAAAAGACUGUACUUAAA